UUGAUUGGCGUCUCUCAUGACACCAGUGGUGCUGCUGCUCCACAUUUAUGUUAUACUUCCACCUUCUCAUUCCACCAUUUUUUUUCUUGCCGUUGCUACUACAACUUUUUGACUGCUUUUUCUCAAUGCUGCGUUUUGGGAGUUCUAUUUAUGUUGCCUUUUUGCCCCAACGUUUAACCUUUUGAACCUCAAGUAGAGCCCAAUAGAAGGUGAGAAGCACUCCUGAAUUCAAGGAAUGGAAUGGAAGGUGCCAACAGUCCAGCUGGCAAGCAUAGAAGCGGCAUAAGAAGAUGGACGGAUGGAACACAGGAAGAUGGUGCCGGUUGAUCUUGCCACGUUGUGUUUGUGGGAACAGGCACGUCUUCAAUGAAGCAUGGAAAAUGUGACUGAUGCUGACGUGGUAGUCGCUGGCCCAGAAGAAACGCAAAACCGCUUCCUGUCUCCGACAAGUGCUCCUGUGUCGUGGGAAAGCAGUGGAAGAUUUCUCAGGACCGGACUGUCGCUUCUUGUCAUUCAAGAAAUCAGAAACUGUCUAUGUGUACUACAAAUUGUCAGGAAGACAACCUGGCAUAUGGGCCGGGAGCGUUGGAAGCCAUUUUGGUUAUUUCCCAAUGGACCUCCUUGCUGUCAACCAUGUGUAUACUGAUAAAGAAUUUGAAAUUCCAACAGAGGAGACAGAUUUCGUCUGUUUUGACACCGGAUUUGACCGCUUCGACAACUAUGAGAUAGACUCUCUUUUGGGCUCAUCAAAGGAGAGUGACAGUGGAGUUAUUGGUGAUUCCGACUUAACCCAAGUGCCAGAGGAGAAGCAAGAGGAGGUGAUUGACAGCAAUGUAAUAACUCCUGAUAUUGGCCUGGUCCCACAUGAUCAAAGUGCCUCUUUGCCUGAACUUAAUAUGGCAAGUGACUCUCCCGCCACUCAAGAAGUGCCUCCACUUGAUGACACUGACAGGGCUGCAGAAGACCAACAGAAUGAACAACCACCAACCAAAUCCUCUUUUCCUGAAGAUAGUGAGUUUGAAAAUCAGGAAGCCAAAGAUGUCCGCAAACCGCUUGAAGAGAACCCUCAGCACAAAGACGAUCUCUUGUCAGAAAGUCAAACAAUCUCGACUUCUCCAGGAGAGAAAAUCUUAGAUUUAAAAACCACCUUUGGCUCGACCUUCGACGCCGUCGCUACAGAUGCGGAGUUCACCACGAAAGUCACUCCAUACGAGCAGGAAGAAAUGCUUGAGGAUCUCUUUGAAGAUGAACCAACUCCAUUGCUGUCUUUCUCUGAAGAAGAAGAAGAAGAUGAGGCGGCUGACACUCCAACUUCUGUUCCCCACAAAGAUCAAGAAAAUCCUCUGGCGACACAUGACAAACCAAAAACCAAAGAAGAGGUCACAAAAACGUUAUUCGAUGACUUUUUUUCAGCUGUAACCGGUGGAGUGAAGACAGAUAGGGAAACGAGUUCAGAAGAAGAAGAAGAUGAUGACGAGGAAGAGCCAGUGGCAGAAACCAUUCAGGAUUUUGAGGAAACAGCAGAAGAGAACAUAGAUACAGUCCAUAGUGAUUCACCGGAUUCAUCAUUUGGACACCCUGAAGAAAACAAAGCACCCGGUAACCUUCAUUCGAUUCUCAGCACUUCGCCUGAAUCUAUAGUUGAACACCCUGAAGAAAAGGAAGCACCAGAUAACCUUGAUUCGAUCCGUCGAGAUUUACCAGAUUCUGCAGUUGUACACCCCGAAGAAAACAAAGUACCAGAAAACCUAGACUCAGUCCAUAAUGAAUCAACAGAUUCUGCAUUUGGACACCAUGAUGACAAAACAACAGAGACUCAAGAUUCACCAGAAUCAAUUCUCGGGGAACCGUUUGAUCUUGACCAUGGUUCUGAUGCCAUAGCCGUCAAACAUGAGGAUCUUGAAAAUGAAACCCCGAAACCCACUCAUGAGCCAGAACGACAAGAAGGAACGAGUGCAGUCAUAUCUAAUCGUAUUAGACAAAAUGACCCACAGGAUUAUUUACCCAAUAAAGUGACAGAUGAACCGAGCAGGGACAAAAAGGAAGAGGAUCCACCGAUUGUUAAAGAAGAUACACACAUCGGCAUUGCAAUGGAGCAUACGGACAACCUGGAGGAGGUGUUGCGUGAAAAUAAAACAGAACUACAAGAAGAAAUUCCAGAAAUUAUUCCAGAAACUAUUAGUGGUGUGUCUUCAAAAGAGAUUGAAUCCUUAGAUUUGCCUAAGAAACCUGAGGCUAAUGCAGCAGAAGAUUCCAUCCAACUUGGACUUGAAAGCGAUAAUGAAAAACAGGACGAGCCACCUAUUGAUGAGAGACCCCUCGACAUGGAUAAGAACGAUGCAGAGAUCCAUGAAGAUAAAUUUGAGGAAAUCGAAGAACUACUUGAAGAUGAAAAUGCACUUUAUUUGUCGCAGUCGCAUGACUCAGCGAAGACAAGCCCACCCUCGACUCCCGAGCCAAAAUACAGCGACAGUGUGCUGAGACUAACUCUGCUGCAAGGAUACUACAGCCUGGAGAAGAUGGUGCGCUUUCAGAAAUUUCUAGGGCUCAAGAAUCUCUUCAAAGUAGAAGCCAUGUUCUCAGACCUGGACAUCGAGCUGCAGGCUACCCGUCUCGCCCACUCCGGCACAGUGCAAGACAUGGAAGAUGCGCUGGAGAACAUCUUGGAGACCUCGGAGAACACCAUCUUGGAUGAAAUUGAACAGAUGCUGGACAGCCGAGAUGCAAAGCAUGACGAUGAGCAGCGAAUGGGCAUGCAAGAUGAGGAAACGGAAAUACUCGAUGACUUCCAGGAGCUAGCGUUCCACCUGCGGCAGAAGUAUUCGGCAGCGAGUGAUAGCACACCUUUGGCAACAGAGAAAGCAUCAGAUCAUGACCAGGUCAUUGCAGAUAAACCUGAAGAUUUGCCUCGCAUGGUUGAAGAAGUGGAGAAAGCUAACAUUUCGGAGGUAGAGAGUGAUGACAACAUCACAGAUCUCCUGGAACAUGCGACAGAAGUGACUAAAGAACAGAUCGUCUUGGAUGAAUCGCACGCCACGCGGGAUAUUAACGUAGGGGAGGAUGGCGGACACUUCAACAAAAACAAAGAAAACCAGCCGAGUUUCAGCACGUCAGAUGAGAUGCAAAAGUUCCCGCAAGCUACAUUGGAAAAUCCCUUAGAGAUGGGCCUCACCGAGGUGGAGAACUCACCCUCAGGAUCUUUGGACUCCAUGGAUGCAUCACCUGAAUUUCACGACGAAGAAGUGGGAACACUCUCAAAUGGAUUUGCCUUUGUGUGUUCUGUUGCUGCAUUGAUGAAGACUAAAGUUAUAGAGUGGACACUUACUAUUAUUUCACUGCUGCCAGACGAGUGGAAGCCUGGGGAAAACUUCUUUGGCUGUCCAUGGCAGGCCGUCAUCAUCACUGCUAUGGUUGGAGUCAUGACCUUCACCAUCUUCUUCUGGAAAACGGUGCUAGCGGUAAAUAAGAGGGAAUAUCUUGUGGAUGAAAAAAGACUGGCUGAUCAAAUCCAAGCACUUAAAAAUGAGAAGAAUGAUACGCUGGCGAGAAUGUCUGAACUCCAGAAACAGACUGAACUACUGAAAGAAAGUCAAAAAGAGUCUGCAGAGACAGUUAGCUGUGCAGUGAAAAAGAUGCAACAGUUGGAGAGUCGGGUUUUGGAGGCGGAAAAACAACAUGAGGACAUGGCGGAGGAGAAGAGGUUGUACCAAAAACAGCUUGAAGAAGAAAAACAAAACUCAAUACAAAUUGGAGACCGGAUACAAAAGUUGGAGAAGUCAAACGAGAAGCUACAGCUGAGCAGGAAGAAAGUCCAGGAAGCCUUAGCUAAGACUACUGUUCUCUUGGAUGAGGCCAAGAUCCGGGAGGAUGCAAGGAAUGUUCAGCACAAAUGCCUUGAGAAGGAGCUUGCGGCCCUGAAAGAAGAAAAUAAAAAUCUUAAAGGUACCAUAAAAGACUGGGAGGACAAACACAUCACGCUCAGUGAACAGAUUAAAGUCUAUCAAAAGGCCCAAAAAGAGCUGGAGGACUCUGUGGUGCUCAAAGAUCACAAUGUGGAGGUUUUGUCAGAACUCCUGGCUGAUCUCGAUGCUUGUGAGUUGCAAAAAGGUGAUGGUAAGAUGUUAGUGAACGGCGAAGUAGCACCUGAUAAGAAGACUGCAGUGAAGAACAGGAUCAAGCAGAUGAUGGAUGUUUCCAGGGUCCAAACCACACUCUCAGUGAUCGAAGAAGAGCGAGACCGAUUUAUGUCCAAACUCCUUCACGAGGAAAAGUCCAGGAACGCUCUGGAAGAAAAGCACCAGGAACUGGAGCAUGCCAUUGCCACCCUCAAAGGUGAGAAGAGCCAUGUGGAAAACCAGCUCAAGAUCCUGCAGCAGAAGAAUGAAAUCAUGGUGGAAAUGUACCAACAGAAGGAAAAUGCUCUGCAGCAGAGGCUCACCAAGGAGGAGCUGGAGCGUCGCAGCAAAGAGAACAUGCUGUCCGAAGUAGGAGGGAAAGCCGUGGAGGCCGAGGAGCAGGUCAAAGUCUUGCGUCAGCGCAUUAAUGAAAUGGAGGAGCAGAUGAAGAAGACGGAGGAAGUCUAUAAGGAGCAGAUUAAAGAACAGGAGAACAAAACACAUUCAAACUGGGUGAAUGCUCGUAACGCGGAGCGAGCUUUGAAUCAAGAAAAACUUGAAUCCUCAAAACUGCGUGAAAAGUUAGCAGGACUGACCGCUCAGCUGAAUGAGCAACGCGCUCCUCUCUUCAGACCCAACUCGGGACAAGCUGCUGGCGUUCGUCAAGGUGAUUCAUAUGGGCCCUCUCCCGUGAGUGGGGGGGCGCCAUCCCCGCCGUUAAUGAUCGAGGGUCCCAGGCGCCCUCCCUCUGCCCCUGUGGGUCGGAGAAUUGACCCGUAUGGUCCACGCCCUCCAUCAGACCCACACAAUCGCUAUCCUGACAACAAACACAUCCCUGGGAUGGAUAUGACAGGCCCCCGCAGUUCAUCACCCGCCAACCCGGAGGGCUCUACCCAGGCAGUAGAUGCACAGGUAACAGACGGCACUCAGGUUGAGGCCUCCAAAGAGGGUCCAGAGCCCGGUCCUGGAUCUUUCCUAGCAUCACCCAUCAGAGACUCACCUGGCCCCCUUAGCCAAGGACCACCACCUGGUCCAGGACUCCAUGAUCCACUGUUCCCUCUCGGACCACAUGGCCGCCUGCCACCCGGCGGGCCCUACAGACCUCCAAGGCCACCUCUCUACCAUCCAACACCGGGGGCCCACGGUCCUCCUCCAAAUGUGCCUCUCCCGCUCCCUCCUGGACCCCCGCUGCCAGCCAACGGCCACCCAGGUAUGCCUCUACCAGGACCCAUGGGUGGAGAGUUUGGACCUCGUCCCGCCAAUGGACACACAUUCCACCCGCGGCCUGAUCCUCGAGGUCCUCCGCCACCACAUUUCCGUCCGCCUCAUCAUUUUGGGCCGAUGCCCCCGCUGCAUGGACCCCGUGGAGUCAUGGGACCGCGUCCACCUUUCCCUCCUGACAUGCGCUUCCCAGGACCACCACGUGACCACAUGGGCCCACCAAUGGACUUGCCUCCAGGUGUCCCGCCACACCCCGGUCGCAGUGAAGCCUUUGGUCAUCCUGGAGGUCGGCCCGGUCAGGACCCGCCCCCAAAGCAGGAGGCCUCUCAGGACUCAGCAAGGUCAGCCAUGGUCGAGCCUUAAAAAUCCAAGCAGAACUUGAACACUCCCCGUAAAGCUAAAAGAUUACGUCUAUAUUUCAUGAAAUAAAAACACACAUUUAUAAGAAUAAGGUCCUCAAAAUUAAAGCAUCAUCAAAGAUUGUGUGGGAAAUUCUAUAUACUUAAGUUGAGAGGGUUGCCACUUUUUUUGAACAUCUUAUUGUGCAAUAAUGUCAGAGGGUUUGCAUUCUUUAAAAAGAAAAAUAUAGCAAUGAUUUAAAGAUUUUUUUUUAAUGACAUUUCCUGUGGAAAUUAUUUUUUAAAAAGGGAGAAAGGAGAUACUAUAUAGCUUUUAAGCAUUUCAGGAUUCACCGUCAUUUUUCUCAAGCAAACUUUCCUCUGGAGCCGACUGUAAAGCAAAUGUGUAAUUUGAUGGCCAGAUGUAUAACUUAUUUUACUAUGUUGGUAGAACAUUUUUAAUAAUAAAGAAUAUAAAAACCACUGGUCUUAACUUGAGUACAGUUCACCUGCAAGAAAGAUUUUGCAGGACAAUCCUAUUAAACCGAAACCUGGAAAUACUGUAGCGUUGAAAAUGACUGUCUUUGCCUACAGUCAAGCACAGAGCUGUGUGGGUUGUGGGUGCGCCGCCGGCUGAAAAAAGUUCCCAAAAUGAGCCAAAUGCACAUUCAUGAACUCAAAUGCCUUUUCUGUUUAUUAGAAAUGAAUGUUUGAGAAAAUUCCCCCUGUCAGUCCACGCAUACCAUCACACGUCACACAUUCAGUUACUGCAUCUUCAUCUGUUAGCGUAUCUUACAAGUCAUUUACAGUCCUGGACAUUGUAACAUUACAAAAAUAAAAUCUAAAAUCAAGUAUUGCAAUAAAAAUGAACACUUAAUUACACACAAGACCGUAUAAUUCAGACAUACAUUCCUUUUGAAUAAAAAAAAAAAAAUCAAUACUGGGGAAAGCUGUUCAAUAUCUGGGUUAAAGAUAUAAGACAUGCAAACAUUGCAUUUCGUUGACUCAUUGUUGUAUUUUGUGAGAAAUUAAUUUAUGCGUAACAAUGAUAUUAGGUUAUCAGUACAAAUGCCACCUGACAAGUAGAAAAUAAAGGUAAUAUAAAGAUGUAAUUAAUGACUGAACCGAUUUAAGUGGCGCUGCUGGAAUCCAAAAAUCAUUACCUUCUGGUAGGGUGUAACUAAAUGUUUAAUUUCUGUUAUAUUUUGUCAUAAAAAAAAUUUGUCACCAAAAAAAUAUGUGGACCUAACUGUAUGAAACUUGGUGGACAGGCAAAAUUGGUGAAUUUAAUUUGUGUAUUUUAGAUAAACUGGGGGGGGAAAACAAAAAAAGAGUUGAAAUCAAUCAAAUUAAUUUGGUUUUAUCGUCGCUAGAUUUUAUAUAAGCUGUAUUUCAUGUCAAUUUUUUUUUUAUUAUAGCUGAGCCAAAGUUUUGAACCAAGAAGCAUCCAAAUGAAAUGAUACUUUUAGGUGGACUUUUACCAAAAUUAUAACGCUCAUUAUUGUGUAACUUGGAGAAGUGGGGGGCGGAGAUGCAACCAGGAAGAAUAAAAUACAUUUUGAGCUAAAUUUAUUAAUGAUAAUGUUUAAUUUCUGUUAUAUUUUGUCAUAAAGAAACACUAUUAAGACCAAAAAAUGAUGUGGACCUAACUGUAUGAAACUUGGACAGGCAAAAUUGGUGAAUUUAAUUUGUGUAUUUUAGAUAAACUGGGGAACAAAAACAAAGUAGGGUUGAAAUCAAUCAAAUUAAUUUGGUUUUAUCGUCGCUAGAUUUUAUAUAAGCUGUAUUUCAUCUGUAAUUUUUUUAAUUAUAGCUGAGCCAAAGUUUUGAACCAAGAAGCAUCCAAAUGAAAUGAUACUUUCAGGUGGAAUUUUACCAAAAUUAUAACGCUCAUCAUUGUGUAACUUGGAGAAGUGGGGGGGCGGAGAUGCAACCAGGAAGAAUAAAAUACAUUUUGAGCUAAAUUUAUUAAUGAUAAUGUUUAAUUUCUGUUAUAUCUUGUCAUAAAGAAACACUAUUAAGACCAAAAAAUGAUGUGGACCUAACUAUGAAACUUGGUGGACAGGCAAAAUUGGUGAAUAAAAUUUUUGUAUUUUACAUAAACUGGGGAACAAAAACAAAA